GUCAUUUCCCAGAUUUCGGGAUGCUUUUCGCACUUUUCGUUUUCCUUUAUUUUUCUUACAGUUCGAUGACUGAUUGCUUAACAUACGAUUUUUUAACUUUUUAAAACAGUCUUAUCUCUCUGCACGGGUUUACGACAGACAAAUCCUAUCUCGAGUGCGGUAGUGUCGUUGAAUUUUUGUCCUUUUCUGGUGAAAUCAGAAACCCAAACUGCAAACAUCCUCGCACAUUCGCGAUAUUUGUCAGCCAUGGCCGCAGCCAUCGGUACACUGUUACGCCACGGUCGCGCGGCCGGAUCACUCUUCUCCCAGCGUUCUCACCUUCACCGCAGCGCUUUCCUCUCGCACUGGACACCUGCUCCCGUCGCAGCAUCUAACGCACUGCAGCAUGACUCAGCACGCGCGCCACUGCACUACGUUCCGCAGCGGUACACCAGCAGCACUCCCGUCAACACCGUCAUCAAAUUCGUCCCGCAGCAGGAAGCCUGGAUUGUGGAGCGUAUGGGGAAAUUCCACCGCGUCCUCGAACCGGGCUUGAACAUUCUGGCGCCGUUGAUCGACAGUAUUCGCUACGUGCAGACCCUGAAGGAGAUCGCCAUCGAAGUCCCGAAACAGCACGCCAUCACCAACGACAGUGUACCGUUGACGCUGGACGGCGUGCUGUUUGUGAAGAUUGUGGAUCCGUUGAAAGCAUCGUACGGUGUGGAGGAUCCGGAGUUCGCCAUUACGCAGCUGGCGCAGACGACGAUGCGCUCGGAACUGGGCAAAAUCAGUCUGGAUCAGGUGUUCCGUGAGCGCGAGUCGUUGAAUGCGCAUAUUGUGAUUGCCAUUAAUAAUGCCAGUGCGGCCUGGGGGAUCUCGUGUAUGCGCUAUGAAAUUCGGGACAUUCAUCUGCCGUCGAAUGUCCAGGAAGCCAUGCAGCUGCAGGUGGCGGCUGAGCGGAAGAAACGCGCCGCGAUCUUGGAAUCCGAAGGUAAACGAGAUUCUGAGAUCAAUAUAGCCGAGGGUAAGAAGCGCUCGCAGAUUCUAGCGUCGGAGGCCGUCACAGAGACCAUCAAUCACGCCGAAGGUGAAGCCCUGGCCAUCGUAGCCAAAGCUCGUGCGACGGGAUUAGCUAAUGUGGCGGAAGCUCUCCAGGAUUCCCAGGGACCGGAAGCGGCCGCGUUGUCCGUGGCGGAGCAGUACGUGGCGGCCUUCUCUAAUCUGGCCAAGGAGACCAACACGGUGGUGAUUCCCAGCAGCUCCAAUGAUGUCGCUUCCGCGGUCAGCCAGGCGAUGGCCAUUUACAAGGGUUUCUCCACGACGGCUGUGAACGCCGAUGCCCAAAAGGCAAAGAAAGCGGCGGAUGCUCAGAAUCUGGCGGAUGCUGUCCAUACUAGUCAACCGCUGCCGGAGACGGGAAGUGUUAAGAUGAAACUGAAGAAGGGCGAACGGAUGGUGUAGUGUUGCCUGGCUCUGCUGAGAAUUUCCAGUUUUUAUGAUGUGGUUUUUUAUGCAUCGUUGCUUGGAGGAUGUAUUUCGUAAACGGUAAAUCUGAUGGUUACUGCUUCAUUCGGUUCGGCUGACGAAAGAAGGUUUUUUAUAAUUAUUCCGUAACUAUUCAAAUUGUUUCUUUCUGAUUUGGACGUUGCAUUUCACGUAUAGUUCCGUAUAGUAAUGUGUCACGUAUAGUUCCGUUGGCACUAGUUUGACGACUGAAAUUGUGUUGCUUGACAACUCAAUUAAGUUUGUUAACUCCUAAAAAUAAAGAAAGGAUAAAUACUGUAGUGCCACGUAAAUGUAAAU